AUGGACUUUCCAACAGCCCUCACAACCAAGAUCGACAACCCUCGAUUGAGGCUGCUCAACAAAUUAAAAUCCGGAGAGUAUCCUCUAAUGACAUUUAUGUCCAUACCAUCAGUGCGACAAGCCCAAAUUGUAGCACUGACUGGUCUGGACGGCAUCAUCCUCGACUGCGAACAUGGCCACAUCGGCGACGACUCAAUGCACAACUCGGUCGCAGCCAUCUCUGGCCUCGGUGUAUCACCAAUCAUACGCAUUCGUGGUCCCGCGCACGAUAUCAUAAAACGAGCACUUGACACCGGUGCGCACGGCAUCAUGGUGCCCCAGAUCAACAACGCCCAAGAAGCAGAGCAGAUUGUCCAGUCUUCCAAGUUUCCACCCCAGGGUGUUCGUGGCCAAGGCUCAGCGUUCCCUGGCAUUGGACAUGGCCUGACGAUACCCGAGUACAUGAAGUCUGCGAAUGAGACAAUCCUGACCAUGAUCCAAAUCGAGACACGCGCUGGCGUCGAGAACGUAGAGGCGAUAUGUGCCGUGCCAGGCGUUGAUCUAGUCUUUAUUGGACCCAAUGACCUGGCGAUGUCGCUGCUUGGAUAUGUACCUGCCCGAGGUGACGAGCCGGAGUUUCUGGCGGCGAUUGACAAGAUUAUCGCGGCUGCUCGAAAGCACGGGAAGUGGGUUGGUCGUUUGGUCAAUGAUGGGGCGAAAGCGAAGGAGGCUAGGGAGAGAUAUGAUACUGUUGCUGUUACGGGGGACACGAAAGCCAUUCAGAAUUGGUAUCGGGCUGAGCUUGAAAUUGCUCGGUCAUGA